AUGGGCGCCCAGGGUACCGACUUCCACCAGAUGAAAAGUCGCAAAUUCCAAGCCCACCGUGACGAGGAGGAGGGGGAUGAGGGACAGGAUGAGGAGCAGGAUGGAUCCCACCCACUGCAAUCUCAGCGACAAGAGCAACAACCACGGAAAAUUAUAACCGACGUCUUCAAGAAAAACCUCGCAGCUAAAAACGUCUUGGGUUACAAGGAAUCAACAAGCGGCGUGGUCAUUGCCAAUGGAAGCUAUCCUACUACCACUGCCGAUACCACAACAACUGGAAAUAAGGACAAGAGCAGCGGCUUGUUUGCUACGUCCUCCAAGUCUAAAGUGGUGAUUGCCCGUGGGAGUUGGGCUAUUCCCAGUGACAAGUCGUCCAAGAACCAGAAGACUGUCUAA